AUGAAAGAGCAGCCGGGAUUUACAAGGGCCGAGGCUGACGAGAUUUUCCAGCAGCUGGAAGAGGAGGUGAAGUACUUCGAAGGUGAAAGGGCAAAACUGCACGUGUUUGGCAAGUGGCAUGACAUUCCAAGGAAGCAGGUGACUUAUGGAGAGCCUGAGUUAACAUACACGUACUCGGGUGUCACCUUCUCUCCCAAGCCCUGGAUCCCAGUUCUCAGCCGGAUCAGGGACCGCGUCGCUUCGGAGACGGGACACACUUUUAAUUUUGUUCUCAUCAACCGGUACAAGGACGGUGAGGACCACAUAGGGGAGCAUCGAGACGACGAGAGGGAACUGGUUCCACGCAGUCCUAUCGCAUCUGUGUCCUUCGGAGCCUGCAGGGACUUUGUUUUCAGGCACUGUGAUUCCAGAGGGAAGAAUGCCAAGCGCCACAUCGAGCCCAUCAAGCUGCAGCUGGCCCAUGGCAGCCUGCUGGUGAUGAGGUACCCCACCAACCUGUACUGGUACCACAGCCUGCCCAUCCGUAGGAGGGUCCUGGCCCCGAGGAUCAACCUCACCUUUCGGAAAGUCAGGGCUGUAGCCAAGAAGUGA